AUGGACGGGCACGGUGGAGGGCCACAGCGGGCCAGAAAGAGGGGGUUCAGACCCCACGUGAGGACCAUCUUCACCCCCGGAGAGAUGGACCCCAGGGUGAGACAGGAGUCCGGGGAGGGACACACCUUCCAGCCCGGAGGCGAGGACACCUGGUGUGAUGUGUGCUGCGUUUACAUCUUCCAGCAUGGGCUCACCUGUGCAGGUUGUAAGUACACGUGUCACGCUGGCUGUAGGGACCAAGUGUCUCUGGACUGUCAUCCUGCAGCUUCAGCCGCCGGUCAGGACCAGAUCAACAACAACACACCGCCACACUCUGAUGUGGGGAAGGAGAGAGAGUUACGGACGGAGUUCAGCAGGGAGGAAAUCAGGCAGAGGAUCGAGCAGUACAACAUGCUGACUAAAGACCACCUCAAAAUGACACUGAAUUCCACUGGUGUGUAUACUGGUUUCGUCAAGGUCCAGAUGGAUCUGAGGAGGCCCGUGACGGUGCGGGGGGGUCAGAGAGGAGCGGGUGGAGGCCGGUUGGAGGAGGCCUUCUAUCUGCCCAGAGGAGUCACCAACACACUCCACAUCAGCUCCAAUAACACGGUCAAACAGGUGAUCGGCGCCCUGCUGAACAAGUUCACCGUCGCAGACAACCCGGCCAAAUACGCCUUGUACAAACGCUAUCGCAGGGAGGAACAGGUGUAUGUGUGUAAGCUGGCGGAUGGCGAGCAGCCGUUGUUUCUUCGUCUGGUGGCAGGACCUGAUGGCGACACGCUGAGCUUCGUCCUGGGAGAACAGCAGACAGGAGAAGUCAUGUGGGAUGCGUUCUCCAUCCCCGAGCUGCGUAACUUCCUGCGGAUCCUCGACAAGGAGGAGGACGAGCAGGCGGUGGCGGUGAAGCGACGCUAUGAUGCGUACCGGAAAAGACUGCAGGAGGCGCUGACGGAGGUCAGAGCCCACACCGGAUGCGCUUGUUCAUACUCCGGUGUGUCUCACUAUGUCCUCCGACUCUGCCUCAGUCAGGCGGAACUGUUUGCUCCAGCAGGAAGAAGAGGCGCUGACUGCAAAACUAUGUUGGGUAAGAGAUCCUCAUUAGCGGUUCUGCUCGCUGUGGUUGUCGGCGUUUACCUGCUGCCUUCUCCCAUUGACCCCAAACCACAUGUACUGAAGGGGCCUCCUCCGGCCCUCGAGGGUCCGCUGGCCGUCAACACUCGGCUGCAGAACGGCCGCAGGCUGUUUACUGGUAAACUACACGGACCAGAGUCCUUCACUGCAGAUGAGGAGGGUAACGUGUACACAGGAACAGUGGACGGGAAGCUGUGGAGGAUCGGUCCUGAUGACAGUCUCACCCUCAUCACACAGAUGGGGCAGGAUUUACCAGAAUGUGGCAGCAGUACAGACUUUGAGCUCGUGUGCGGUCGUCCUCACGGCGUUCGUCUGGAUCGCCGAGGUCAGCUGAUUGUUGCUGACUCGUACUUUGGGCUUCACAGCGUCGACCCCAAAACCGGAGAGAAGACUCUGCUGCUUUCUAACUCACAAGGUGCUGACGGCGUUCCCUUUGCCUUCCUGAACGGUUUGGAGAUUUCCUCCCAAACUGGGAUCAUUUAUUUCACCGACUCCUCCAGUCGAUGGGGACGCCGACACGUCAAACUGGAGGUGAUCGAGCUGAACAGCCUCGGCCGUCUUCUCUCCUACGAUCCAGAGACAGGAAGUGUGACGGUGCUGCUGGACUCCCUCUACAUGCCCAACGGCAUCGCCUUGUCUCCGGACGAACGCUUCCUGUUGCUAGCGGAGACGAGCAUCGGACGCAUUCUAAAAUAUUGGCUGAAGGGACCGAAGGCCGGCACCAGGGAGGUCGUCAUGGACAACAUGAUCGGUUACCCCGACAACAUCCGCCGUAGCGACCACGGAACAUUCCUGGUUGGCAUAACGACGACGCGGUUCCGGAAGGUCACGCCUCCCUUCCUGGACUUGAUCGCCCCGUACCCGGCUGUCAAACGCCUCCUGAGCAAGGUGAUUCCUCUGAGCUGGUACAACCUCCUGCUGCCGCGCUACGCUCUGGUCCUGGAGCUCGGACCGGACGGGGAGAUCGUGGGAACGCUGCACGACCCCGAGGGCCGUCUGACGUGGGCCGUCAGCGACGUCUUCCAGCACCGAGGGAGGACGUACCUGGGCAGCACCGACCUGCCGUUCCUCCCCGUCCUGGAGGGAACGGAGAGCUGAGAACGGACCGAACCAAACCAAACGUAGGCUCAUUGGUUCUGAUAGACGUCGUUGACCUCUGGAGCAACGUGUGGAUGUUUCCUGGAUAAAAACCUGGAUAUUGUGGUUUCAAGUCGGACUCUGAAAAAUAACCUGAGAGGUGAACUGAACUUUCAACAUAUUUGAAAAAGUUAAAAACAACCUGAAAAAACUUCCAUCUGCUGAAACAAAAAGAUGAAAUCGGGUUUAAAGUGUCACAGAAAUGUUGAGCUGAAACCUCAAUUAUAAACCUCAAAAACUGUUCAAUUAAAUUCAUUGUCGCACUGGAUGUCUGCAGAAAAAACACUGAACCAUCAACCGUCUCUGGAACUGGAAUCAAACCAGGAUAAAACUUCAAUAGAGACACUUUAAAUGUUAUUAAGCAUUUUUAACCUUUUAGUGUCUUUAAAUAGUUUAGUUUGUUUGUAAGAGACAAGGAGCUUAAGCUCUUCUGACCCGGAGACUCGGCCUGAAUCGUCAAAAUCUUCUAACUUUUUAAUUAAAACUUUGAAAUUUUAACUUCUGACUGUUAAACUGUACAGUGUUGUUCUAUUACUAGAUGUUAAAAUAAAUAUUUUAUAUAAAAAUA